CGGUCUUCCACCCGUCUUCCUCUCCUUUGCGAGGACUUGCGAGUAUCUGUAGCCUCUCGUUGCUGUUGUUGAUUCUGUCAAGAUGGCCGCCAUCUACACGGUGUAUACCUCCCCAAACCACCCGCCCAUUCCCAACCACCUUCCGACCCUCAUCGUGACACCCCAUGGACAACCGUCGAACAUCCUGUACUCAUACCUCCACACGAACUUCAACACAGAGAACUACCUCUUGACGCCAUCUCCACAGGGUGACCUCUGUGUAGCGAAGCUCUUCCCUCCCCGCCAGAAUGCCCCCGGUAAGACCACCGCGUCUGACCCUGGCCAUUCUGCUCCAGCCAACUCCCGGGUCGUCCGCUGCGAGGCAUCUCGUAACCUCAAGUGGUCGAUAACGAAUACUGGCGUCCUAUCUCCUAUCUACAAGCUGGCGUUACCGUCGCCAGAUUCUGCCGAUCUGCCGUUAUUCCAGAUUUCCAAGCCCAACCCGAAUGCAGCAUUCUGGAGCAUGUUUUACUUCGCAUAUGCCGGGCACAACAUCCCACCCAAGCGCAUUGAGUUCGGGAAGAUCAUGAAGAACCCACCAGGACCGAACGGCGGUGGCACGCGCAUCAGCAUUACAGGCAAGACACCUGAGGAGAAGGCGGUCUGGCAGACGCUGGGUGAAGGCAACGAGGACUGUGUGGAGUGGGUGGUUCUAUGCGCUGCUCUGAACCUACUCGACGAUGAAAUCAUCAAGGCGGCCGAGAAAAACCCGCCUCCUACUUCGGCAUCCGUUUCUCCGGCGAAUGGACACCCACCUGCGGGCCCAGGGGGCCGCCCUCCUCCUGUCGCUCUCCGCGAUCCAGGACCAGCGCCGCCUCUCGGCCCUAGGAGAGGCGGCCCGCUUCCGGGCCCGCAGAAUUUCGCGCCUCCGGGCCCGCAGGGCUUCUCGCCUCCGGGCCCGCAGGGCUUCUCGCCUCCGGGCCCACAGGGCUUCUCGCCUCAGGGACCGCAGGGCUUCCCGCCUCAGGGACCGCCGCGCGGGCCAGGAUUUGGCGGCCCCCCGCCGCCGCAGGGCUAUGGUCCCCCACCUGGCCAAGGAUACCCUGGUCCUGGUGUUGGUCAGCCGCGGCCUGGUCCUCCAGGUCAACCGGGUGCGUACCCUCCAGGCGCAUACCCUCCUCCGGGACCUGGCCGUGUGGGGCCUCCGCCUCAGGGGCAACCUCCACGGCGAUUCUAG